ACCUCUGAAGAACAAACCAUCAAACCAAAACCAUUUGUAUACCGACAGUCGGCUUUUGUGUUUCUCACGUUCUAAGGAGAUUUAAUCCACAAAUUCAAACAAAAAUUGUUGAAAAAGCAAACCGAACGUAACCGGAAAAAUGGUUGAAAAUAACAGCAUUGAGCUAACCGAGCAGGAGACCGAAUUGUACGAUCGCCAAAUUCGAUUGUGGGGUCUGGACUCGCAAAAAAGACUUCGUGCCGCGCGUAUUUUACUGUGUGGACUCAAUGGAUUCGGUGCUGAAAUUGCUAAAAAUAUCAUUCUGGCUGGCGUCAAAUCGAUCACUCUGCUAGAUAAUCGAAAUGUAAGCGAGGCCGAUUUUUGCUCUCAAUUUCUGGCACCACAAAGCAGUGUUGGAAUGAACCGUGCGGUCGCAUCUUUGUUACGAGCACAAGCAUUAAAUCCUAUGGUCGAGAUUAAUGUGGACAUAGCCAAAUUGGACGAUAAAUCAGACGAAUAUUUCCACAACUUUGAUGUUGUUGUUGUGACAGAGGCCACGAAAAAACUACAAAUUCGCAUCGACAAUGCGUGCCGUUUGAAGGGAGUUAAAUUCUUCGCUGGCGAUGUAUGGGGCACUUUUGGAUACAGUUUCGCUGACCUACAAGAACACAACUUUGCUGAGGAGAUCUUUAAGCACAAGCAAGGUGAAAAGAACAAAUCCGAAAUGGUCACAUCAACAGUCAAAAGAACUGUCUGCUUUCCACCGCUACAAGACGUGUUGGAAUUUGAUCAUAACGAAGCAAGUUUCGUGAAAAAAAUCAAACGUACCGGACCGUCCUUCAUCGUUCUCAAAGUUUUACAAAACUUCCGCGAAACCUACGGCCGAGAUCCGUUCUACAAAACUCGUUCCGAAGAUCUGGCUAAAUUGCUGGCCAUCCGCAACGAAAUUGCACCGAAUUUGGGAAUUCCAGAUGCGGCAUUCGUUCACGUAUUCGCUCAGAUAUCACCGGUUGCAGCUAUUGUUGGCGGUGAACUUGCACAGGAAAUCAUCAAAGCCGUUUCGCAAAAGGAAGCGCCUCACAAUAAUUUGUUUUUAUUUGAUCCGGCCACAUGUUGUGGAUAUGUUGAAACGAUUGCCAAUUGAAUUGAUUAAUGUUUUGCGGAUGGGUGCUGACGAGGAAAUUGAUGGAAUACUGAAGAUUUGCAAAUAAAAAUAAUUUUUUCUUACUCGAUA